GCAGCAUCUCAUGAGGAGUGAGGGAAUUCAAGUGCAAUCCUCCCAGCUCCCAGCCAAGCCAGUCUUGUGGAUUAAGUCUUCUUUUCCAAGCCAGACUACGAGAGCUCAUCCUCGGACUCUCUCUCUCUCUCUGUCUCUGUCUCUCCUGUCUCCACGCCUGGCACUGCCAUCGCAGACAGUCUGGACAUGGCACAGUGAGCGUCUCUGUGCGUCUCAGUCACACUCCUCCUUGAGCAUCGCACUGCACUUUAUUCCUUGUUCAUCACCUUUACCUUUCUUCCUUUUUCUCUCAUCUACUGCAUUUUUUUCUUCCAUCUCUCUCGUUUUUUCCCUGUCCUCCCCUCCUACUCUCCUCCUCUCUGUCUUCUUCCGUCGGUCUCCGACUCAGUGCUACAAUGUGCAGCCCGAAGAAAUUAGCUGUUAGCUAUUAGCUAUUGGCUCUCUUCGUUUUCACACACUGGAAGGCUUUUAGGGGUGACCUCGUCCUCCGCCAUCCCCUGGGGUCCAUCACUGGCCCCUCCGCCACUGCAGGGUGGGAUGGGCAGGGGGCUGGGCGAGUUAGCCAGGGGCUCGUGGAGUUAGCAACAGGGUAGGUGAUGCCAGAGAGGAAACGAAGAGGACAAGGAGGAGGUGCAGGCGGGGGCUCGCAGCAGAGCAAGUGGAAGCUGAGGAAGGGAGGCAGCCGCUCGGCCAUCCCGGCUCUCUUCACCAUCACUGAGGAAGACGAGGGACAGAAGCGGAGAGAUGCUUGCAGAAGGAAGAAAAAAGCUUCUCACUCCCAGUAUAAAUCAGAGGAUGACACGGUGUCAUCGACCACCCGCCGGAGUUCCUCGGGCUCCGGACAGACCUACACUCCCACCCAGACACCCAUCCCCACUCCGACCCCUAGUCGCACCAACACCAGCAACAGCCCCAGUAACAAUGCUGCCAUCAAAACGGACUCGUUGCUCUUCAACAAGAUCGACGAGAGACAGAAGUUGGCCCGUGAGCGCCGGGAGGAGCGUGAGAAACAGAAUGCUGUCAAGGAGGCCCAGUGGCAGGCACGUGAGGAGCGAGCCAGGCAGCAUUACGAGAAGCACCUGGAGGAGAGGAAGAGAAGGCUGGAGGAGCAGAGGACGAAGGAAGAGAAGAGACGCGUUGCCGUUGAGGAGAAACGACGGCAGAAACUGGAAGAUGACCGGGUUCGUCAUGAGGCAGUGAUGCGGCGGACAUUGGAGAGGAGCCAGAAAACCAGACCGAAGCCCAACCGCUGGUCGUGGGGAGGGGCCCUGCCCACAAACACUCCCGGCACACCAGCCGGUUUUGUCGAGUCGGCUUUCCUCUAUCCACUCGACCUUGCUGGACUGGAGCACAUGCAGAGUGCUUUCAGUCUCUACUGCAGAUAUGGAAUGGCCUCCCAAUAUGGUGACAGGCGAUCAGUGUCCACGAUGAAUUUAUCCAAACAUGCAGACCCUGUCAUUACCAAGCGCCUGUCAUACUCCUCUGCCACACUCCUGCACUCACCAGACCGAGGCUUACAGAUGAGAACAGCCUCCUCCCCUGUCAUUAACAAAGCUCAAUCCAAACUCCACCUCCACCAGGGAAAGACCACCCACCUCAAAGAUACAGGCCUGCGCCGUCUUCCAUUGACGCCAUGGGAGAGCAACGUGGUGAACCGCCUGCAGCAGCCGACACACUCGUACCUGGCCCGCAGUCGCAGUGCCAUGAGUCUGUCCGGAGAGCAAACAGCCAUGCCUGUGUGUCCUCGCUCAGUGUCUUGCCACCCCAUGGGCUCCAUGUCCUUCAAGGCCCUGCAGGCCCAGCCGCUCCCUCACUGCCGCAGCCAGGAGAGGAGCCUCAGCCGGCAGACGGCCCCGUCCUCCUCCACCGCCCCACGCAGGAGGACCACUGGAACCACACAGCAACAGCCAAAGGACCGUGACAAUGUCAGGAAGUCAUGGAGCAACCUGUCACUCCCACUGGCCCCCAUUCUGACUUUCCCCCCCAGCAAACGCUCCUUUUCUCCAGGCAAAAAGAACAGCAAAGUGACAGCUCCCUCUCCUGGCAGGCCACCACAGAAGACAACGGGGCGCCCUCCGACCCCCAAGCUGCUCAAGUCCCCGGGGGCAGAAGACCCCGGGAACCUUCGUCCUGUCAGAAUCACACCUGAGAUUCCCCACUCCCCAACGCCCAACAGAGCCCAAGAGGAGGAGCAAGGACAGGCCGUCAACCCUCCUCAGCAUCGACCUCAGCCGCUGGGUCAGAACAAUACGUCGAGCGAGCGGACGCCCGCAGCGCCGACGGCAAGCAGCGAGAGUAUAAGCAGUCCUCCAGCCCACAAGCCUUCAGCAGGCACCACGGAUCCGGAGGAGGCAAGUCGUAUCCUGGCUGAGAAACGCCGGCUGGCCCGCGAGCAGAGUAAAAAAGAGGAAGAAGAGCGCAAGCUACAGGAGGAGCAAGCGAGGUUAGCAAAGGAGGAGAUGGCUCGCCGUAAGGCAGAAGAGCGAGCAAAGAGAGAGGAGGAGGCUCAGCGGCAGGCGGAGGAGAGGAGAAGGAAGGAGGAGGAGGAGGAGAGGAAGGCGGAGGAAGACAGGGUCGAGAAAGAGAGAGAGGAGGCAGAGAGACUCCAGAAACAGAAAGAGGAAGAAGAGUCUCGACAGAGAGAGGAGGCGGAACGACUGAGGCAGGAGAGAGAGAAACACUUCCAGAAAGAGGAGGCUGAACGCCUGGAGAGAAAGAAGCGCCUGGACGAGAUUAUGAAGAGGACAAGACGUUCAGACGCAGCAGAGAAGAAAGUUAUUCCUAGCAGGAAUGGAGACGAUGCAGCCUCUGCUGCUCCAUCUGCAGUGACUGUGUCACCGGCACACAAUAGCAACGGCAACAGUCGGCAACCAGAGCCCAACCCCAACCCCAGUCCAGCAGCACUGAGCCAUCCUGACCAGAGGGAGAACGGGGAGUUUGAGGAGGUGAUUGUGCUGCCUUCACAUUCCAGGUUGUCUCCUCCUGAGGGAGAGGAGCAGCAGCAGCAGCAGCAGCAGGAGAGAGUUCCUAUCAUAGCCUUCAGAGAGAACGGUCUCCUAAAGCCCCUGGCUGGACUAGAGGAUAUAUCAGCCCAGCAGGGACCAGAUGUUGCCUGAUGCACCCUGAGACCGAGAGGAUUCCACACCCAGAGAGACAGGAAGAGAGGUGGUCAGAGAGAGAGAGAGAGAGAGAGAGAGAGAGAGAGAGAGAGGUGGGGAAACGACAGAGCUGCCGGACUAGAUCAAAGGAAGGACUCGCAGUGCCAGAGAUUUACUCUCUCACCCGCCCGGCAAACAGCAGAGCACCGCGGCCAUUUCCCCAAAGAUGGUGUCUCCAAAGAUCUCCCCAAAGCAUCUCCAGAGAGAAAUUACUUUUCCCUCGACGGACUCUCUGGGGGGGAACAGAUCGUCUUUCUGUCUCCACAUUAUCACUUGUCCUGUGUACAGCCCCAACUACCCCUGAAUCAGAAGUGAAUAUCCUGAAAUCACCAGAGGGCAUUGAACGUUUCAUCUGGCGCGUGUGUGUGUGUGUGUGUGUGUGUGUGUGUGUGUGUGUGUGUGUGUGUGUGUGUGUGUGUGUGUGUGUGUGUGUGUGUGUGUGUGUGUGUGUGUGUGUGUGUGUGUGUGUGUGUGUGUGACAUUAGACUAACAGUAAUGUAAAUGAUACUUGAAGGUGUUUCUGUAGAACUUACUGUAAUCAGAUUGAACGUGACGUUAUAACUGGAACUCGUACGGCAGGCUCAGAAUUAUAAGGUUUCAUUGACGCGGGUGCUCUUUAACUGGAACUUCACAAUUCUCUCGUUUCAACGUUUCUAUUGAGAGAGACGGGGAUGAUGUCAGUGCAUGAAGUGGUAUUAAGACUACGGUAAAGUUUCAUGUCAUGUUUAAUAUUUGUGCUGUGUCGACAGUGAAACUAGAGGUUGUUAUUGGGAGUUUUAAGUUAAAUAUGACAAAAUGAAAACAGUUUUCUCAAACAUCUGCGAAUUAGGGUGAAAACUGCCGAUUUUUUGUUUAGUUCUAAUUGCUGUAGAUGAUUCGAUUCCUUGUUUUGUCAUCUUCACUUUCUGUUUAAAUUAAGGAAAAAAAAAAGAUCUGCUUUGACGUCAAGUCCUGCCCCUUUUCUUUUCACUUGUUCAUCCUGUCGACGCUGCGUCCUCCGCCCUGUCGCACUGUCCUACUGAGCAGUGACGGAGGAGCUCGCUGUAGCUUAGCCGCCUUGUGUUUGAGGUUGUCCUUUGUUCUGGACAAGCGAGUCCAAAUUUGAUUAAAACCCUUUGCUUUUGAUGUUAAUUUUUGAAAUAAUGUCAUUAAUUAGAUCCCCUUUUUUUUCUUCUAAUUUAAUAGAGAAAUGCUGCUAAUUCUGACGUUCCUUUGCCUUACCGCAUUGUGGGGAGAAUGAGGUGUCUUGUCUGUGCUUUGGUCUCACUGAAAUGAAAACGUGCAUUCCCAGUAUGAGCGUGGACAUUCUGGCCGCACACUCGAAACUGCUAUUGGUGAUUUAUGUGAAAGAAAAAGAUAAUGAUGAAAUGUUAUGUGGAUUACAUGACCAUAGAAGAGCUCUACUGUAAUGUUGGAUAACGGUCUCUGUGGCUUUUCACUAGGGAAUUAUAAGAGAUCCUCAUAUCUAUUUUUCACACGAUUUCUGAUAAUGCUGCUCUUGGCAUUUGAUUCUCAAACCUUUGCACUUUGUUUCCUCCGUUUUAAAUCUUGCAGUGCGACCAAACAGGAAGGAAAUUUAUGGACAGAUUAUCUGUAUCUUGCUUGUGAAUUGCUGGUUUCUGCCAGCGGUACGUAGCAUGCAGUUAUCAACCUGGUGACUUGGCUUGCAAAGAAAUUGCUUUAACACAAGCAAAAUCUCACAUUAAGCAUAUUAUAAAUAUCAUAAAUUAUGUAUAAAAGUUGAUAUAUUUUACUAAGACUGACCACUUGAGGUUUUGAAGACUAACGAACCCUUUACUUCAGAGAAAAUCUGGACUGUGGGAGAAGAUCUUUGAACCACUGUCAAACUGAAAUCUCUGUUCAGCUGUACUGUUAGGCAAGAAAAUAAAACUUUUUGAAUUGAUUACCUA